UGUAGGGUUCUGUGCUUAUUUUAUACUUCUUUGUUUUAUAAAUUAUUUCUUCAUUCUUCUUGGAUACACAACUUGAGAUCAACUUCCAUUAUGGGUAAUGAAGAUCACUGCAAAAAGAUGGUAGAAUCUUAUAUACUCAUUAGUGAUGAUGAACUUGAUAUUUCUUACAAUGUUUCGCCAGAUAGACAGCAUAGUGGAAACAUCUCUCUUGCAAAAUAUUUUGCAGGACAAAAAGGAAAGGACUUAGACCACAAUCCUGCACAAAACAAUAAAAAUUUGGAUUUUUGUAAAGAUGUGUUAUUUCAUUCAAAUACCAAGAGGAAACGGAGUUAUAAUGUUGUUAUGAGUGAGUCUGAAAGUGUUCAUAAUGAUGAUGAGGUUGGUAAGGUCACUGACAGUCAAAUGCCAAGGCACCACGGUUUAAAGAGAAUAAGAAAAAAUGAUAGUAUAAUAGAAGUUGGACAUAAGAAGGAAGAAAUAAGAGGCAAAAGGGUGAGCAUCAUGCCAAAAUAUCUAGAAGAUUACAUCAUAACAAAUUAUGUUAAGAGGAGCUGAGUUGGCAUGCCCUUAUUAGCAAACAGUAGUACAUUAGAAAUGGAGUCAUGUUCAUAUAUAUUUUGCUGUCUUUGUUGAUGUGUAUUUUGAAAUUAUUUGGUCCACUGUGGUAAACUGUUGAUUAUAUUUAUCAUUGUCGUUGGAUAUGUAGGUUAUACAGUAUGGAAUGCAUUUCAUAAGGUGUCUGUUUUUUUUUUGUCAAAAUAAAAGCUCUCUCAUUUUUUUGUUCUUAA